AUCCUACAUAUAGGCUACCGCCUAUAUAAUAGUUACAUUACAUUAUAUAUUCCUUUAUGCAUGAAAUAGAUGGACUAUUACUUGGUUUUGUCACAUUUGGUACUGGUGUUUUAACACAGAACAGGAGCAUUAAUUUUCCAGUGGUUGAUGAUAACAUUGCACUGGAACCUGAUAAACAUUAUCUACUAAGAUUAAGGAACAUUGGUAAUAUAGGUUUAGGUAAUCCAGGAACAAUGAAUGUGACUGUAGUGGAUAAUGAUGAUGUUUUUGUGAGUUUUGUGGGAUCAUUUUACAGUUAUAGUGAAAGUCAUGGAACUGUGAGUAAUAUUCAGGUGCAACUAAGCAAUCCAAUUGCUCAAGAUCUGUCUGUCAACAUUAGAGGAGGCCCUGGCAGUCAACCAUCUUCUGUUGUUGUUUCAGGAGCUGUUGUGUCUGAAUCCAUAAGGUUUAUUGCAGGUGGCAAUACAUCAGUGUCACUGAGUGAUUUUGCUCUCAUUGAUGAUGCUGUUACAUUAGAAGCAGUUGAACAAUAUGACCUAUCAUUAAUUAGUCAUGAUUAUACUGCUGAACCCAGCAGAGUGAGUCUAGGGUCAAACACUACUCUAUUCAUUAAUGAUGAUGAUGUUGUUGAUGUGACAUUUGGUAAUUCAAUGUAUUUAUUCUUUGAGAAUGAAGGAAUGGCUCGAGUAUCAGUCAGCCUAAGCAGGAAUAUUUCUCAAGCACUGACAGUGACAGUUAGAGUUGAAGGAGGACCUGUUGAUCAGACUAUAAGAUUUAGCCCUUCACAGAGGGUUGGAUUUAUAUCCUUUGGUUUGGCUGAUGAUUUAAUUGCCCUAGAAGAUCCUAAGAGAUUCCAAUUGAGAUUUUCUCAGCACAGUUUCCCUGAUGGUAGUAAAGUUAGACUAGGAUCAAACAGUAAUGUCUCUAUUCUUGAUAAUGAUGUUGUUAGUGUCACAUUUGCUCAGUCAAGUUAUUCUUAUUUUGAGAGUAAUGGAACUGCUAGUAAUAUAAUGCUGAGACUUAACACAACAAUUGCACGUCCACUCUCUGUUCUUGUAUUAGGAGGACCUGGAAGUCAGCCUAGCUCAGUAGUUGUUUCUGGUGCUGAUGUGAGCUCAGCUGUAACUUUUGCCCCUGGUGGUUCACUCACUGUACCUCUCCCUUCUUUUGUCAUAACGAAUGAUGAUGUUGCAUUGGAGGAUGAUGAGAGCUACUCACUCUCAAUCUCUGAUCCAUCAGUAACUCAAAAUGUUAUUGCUGCUGACAGCACUGACAUUGAUAUCACAGAUGAUGACAUAAUUACUAUUAAUCUUGAACCUCCAUCAACAUGUUUAGAAGGUAGUAAUGCUGUAGCUGUCAUUAAACGUGAAGCUAUUGCAUAUGAAGCUCCCUUUGAAGCCACUGUCUCAAAUGAGAGGUAUACUGGUCCAUUGAGUCCAGAUCAAGCUACUGUUGGAGACUUUGAUGGUUUUAACUUUACUGAACAACAUAGUGUAGUAUUUCAUCCAGCAAAAGCAAAUGAUGAACGUUUUGGGAAUGUGAGUUUUUUGAUGCCACGUGAUGGUAUUGUAGAACUAGAAAAAGUGUUUAUAUGGAGACUUAGUGUGAAUGAUUCUAGAGUUAGGAUAAAUACUGACACUCAAUUUGUAAGACUUGACAAUAAAGAUGUUUUUAGUAUUGGUUUCAAAGAUUUACAUGUUACUAUCAGAGAAGGGCAAGUGGCAACAUUAACUAUAAAGCAGAUAGGAAAUGAGAAAGGUGGUACAGACAUUGGAGGAUUUCCAGAGAAUCGUUUACAAUCAGUUCAAUUUAGACAUGUAUCUGGGACUGCCACAAGUGGUAGUGAUUUUCUCCUUAAUUCUACUGUUCCAAGAUUAACAUACACUGUUAAUAAUACACUGAAUGAUAUUUCAUUCACUCCUAUCACCAGUAUUGAUGAUAAUAUCAUUGAGGGGGAUGAAACAAUACAAGUCAUCAUAAUAUAUUGGGAUUAUGUUGUUCAAGCAGUGAAGGAAUGGCAGACAGCUACAAUUACCAUUGUUGAUGAUGACUAAAUUUAAUCAUCAUAAUUGAUUAAUCUACAGUUUUAAAAUAA